CAUACAAAUUGACAAGCAAAAAAGCACAUGUACAGUGUUUUGUGUUUAUAUCAAUUGAAAAGAGGCGAACAUUUUAUGUGCGAAAAUCGACCAUGGAAAGUUUAAAAGAAAUUCAACAAUUCUUAACCAUUGAAACGCCACAGCAUUUGAAAUCCAUUGCCAUCACAUAUAUUCUUAGUUUGACUGGAUCCAAAGAGGGACAAGAGCUUUUAUACAAAUCCAGCGAUACUGUUACAGCUCUCGGAAAAUUAGCAAACACAGACAAAGAUCCACUUGUAUCGAAAGAGUCACUCUUGUGUCUGGUGAAUUUAUCAGCCGAAGAAGAUGGGGCUACCGUACUUUUAAAAUCGAUUCCAAAAUUGGCGGAAAUCUGUGCUAAAAAUAUUAUUGACGAAAAUUGUGCAUUGUCCGAUGCAUGGAGCAUGGUGUUGAGUAAUGUAUCGCGACCAUACGAAUUGGCCGAACAAGUGUUUAACGAAAUUGAAAGUGAAUUGGAUAAGUUGAUCACGGCAUUCACUCGAAUCGAUUAUAAUAAGAAAAAAUGUCAUUUAAAUUAUUUAGGUCCAAUUUUUAGUAAUUUAUCACAAGUGUCAAAGGGACGAGAAUAUUUCUGUAAAGCCGAUUCGGAGACGCUAAGUCGUCUGAUACCAUUUGUCCAAUACGAAGCAAGUGUGGUUCGAAAAGGUGGAAUUGUUGGCCUAUUGAAAAAUAUUUGCUUUGAUUCGAGUAUUCAUUCGCAUUUGCUCGAAGACAUCGAUAUUUUGCCAAUCAUUUUAUUAUCUUUGGCCGGACCUGAAGAAUACACGGACGAAGAAAAUGAUAAAUUCCCAAUGGAACUGCAAUUUCUCAGCCCUGACAAGGAACGUGAGAUUGAUCCUGAUAUCCGGAAAAUGUUGCUUGAUUCGUUAAAUCAAUUGUGCGCUACACGUAAGGCUCGUGAAUUUUUACGAUCAAAAGGAACGUAUGAAAUAUUACGCGAACUGCAUAAAUGGGAAAAUAGCAAGGAAAAUAGCGCUGCGGGUGAUAAACUAUGUUUGCUAUCUUGCGAGAAUGUGGUCGAUAUUCUUAUACGAACGGAAGAUGAGAUUGGCGAAGACAAUUUGAAAUCAUUGGACGUUCCAAACGAUUUAGUUGAGAAAUUUGAUAAAAUGGAUUCCAAUUUGGUCGAAGAAUAAUUAUUACAUUUUAAAAUAAAAACAAGAAAAAAUGAAAUCGAAGUAUAUAUGAUUAAGUUUUAUUUCAAAUGCGGCGCUGAUAGUCGAAAGCCCGAAAAUUAUG